AUGGGGAACUUGCUGAACGUCCUAAUCUUCCGGCCACACGAGCCUAGCUACUCGAAGAAUCGGAAGGAUCUGCACUUUUUCAAAACGAAGCAUGGCAGUACGAUAUGUGGGAUUUUUAUUGACAACAAGGCGGACACAACCGUUCUAUUUAGUCAUGCGAAUGCAGAAGAUAUAGGAGACGUCGUGCGGUUUUAUCAGUAUCGAUUGAAACGGUUAGGGUUGAAUCUCUUUGCGUAUGACUAUAGCGGGUAUGGCCACAGUUCAGGUUACCCCACGGAAACGCAUCUGUACAAUGAUGUAGAGGCAGCAUAUGAUUAUUUAGUAACGGAGUUACGCAUUCCAAGGAACAGCAUAAUAGCAUAUGCAACAAAGAACAAUUUGCUAGGUGUAAUUCUUCAAGCUCCAUUGGCAUCCAUACAUAGGGUUAAGUUAAAAGUAAAAUAUACCUUGCCUUAUGAUUCCUUUUGCAACAUUGAUAAGGUACACAUGAUUAAGUGUCCCAUUUUAUUUAUCCAUGGCACGAAGGAUAGGCUUCUCUCCUACCACGGCACAGAAGAAAUGAUUCGAAGAACAACUGUUAAUACGUAUUAUAUGUUCAUACAAGGAGGGGGGCAUAACGAUUUGGAUUGCUCCUUUGGUAGCUUGGUCAAUGCAGCAUUGGUAGCCUUCCUUUUUGUACUCAAACAUAAUAUCAGAGAAAAUGUAAAUAGUGUAUAUAACAUAUCAGAUGUGAACAUACAGAAGUUGAGGAAUAAAUUUAUUUUGAAUAAUGCAAAGAUGGUGAAGGAAAAACUGAAGGAGAAACACAGGAAGGGAGAAGAAGACACGGAAAUGUUGUCAGUUUCGACCGAAAAUUUAAAUUUAGGACCCAUUGAUAGGAAUAAAGCUUCAGGAAGUAGUGAAGUAUUAAACUCCUUCAUGAGUAAUAUGGAAAACUGGUAUAUUGAACAGAGUAGGCCUUGGGAUAAGAGGAAGAAGGCAGGUUAUGAUUCUUCUCGAAGUGUUAGCACUGUUUUGGGAUCUGCCGAAUCUUCCAUGAAAAACAUACCUGAUAAUACGUUUUACGAGAGUGACACGAAUGUUAGCAUUGAGGACCUUUGGAGGUACACGUGUGCGAAGUAUAAUGAAAGUGAACGUAAAUUGCAUGGCGGGAGGGACAGCGGUGGUGUGUCGUCUAGCUCGUUUACCAAGCAGAGGGGGGCGAAGAUAACCAACCGUGCUUUUAUUUGCGAGCUGAGUGAAGGCAGCGAUCGGAGAGGAUACCGGGAACGUAGUAGGGAGCGUUACCCUGAUGGAAGACGAAUCGACAGUAGGGAACGUUACCCUGAUGGCAGACGAAUUGACAGUAGGGAACGUUACCCCGAUGGCAGACGAAUCGACAGUAGGGAGCGUUACCCCGAUGGCAGACGAAUCGACAGUAGGGAGCGUCACCCCGAUGGCAGACGAAUCGGCAGUAGAGAAGAAGGCAUGGAAAGGAUCCGCAUCAAGGGGUGCUCAAGUUACGUGUACAACCCCGCGAGGAGAGAAAAUAUGCCCCCCUCCCAUAUGGACCAGAGCCCAAGCCAUAGCAGCCGCAGCAAUAUCCACAUGGGUAGCGAAAAGGACUUAGCUCAACGAGGGAAGGGGAGCGCCAUGGACGACAGCUCAUCGGAAAAAAUCAACUCUAGAAUGUCGCGAGAGAGUAGAAAUGUGUACAUUGUAGAUAAGGUGCCUAGGGUUUCCCAGGACAUGAAGAAUGCUGUUGUUCCCCCGGUGGAUGAAAGGGGAAGUGGUAGCCUUCACGGUGCUCAUGCAAGCUAUGCACACAGCGAUGAGGAGUGUGGUAACGAAAGGGAGAAGGCAAUUGGGGCGCAUGAAAGUGGAAGUGAAUAUUCGGGGGAGUCAAGAAGAGGUGAAGGCGAAGGCAAAGGCAAAGGCAAAGGGAAGGGUAAAGGAAAAGGAAAGGGGAAAGGAGGAAUGUCCUCCGGAAUGGCCGAGGUGGAAAUCGGGUCGCACUCUCCACAUGAGCGUGUGAUCCAGGGCAUGCAUAGUGACAAUGACAGGGCGCUCGAAGCGAUGGGUGGAGGAGAUAUUAGCGCAAGUAAGGUGAGCCUGUCGAGUGUCUCAUCCAAUGAGAGCAAAGCCAGCAGUAUGAGCAGCGGAGUGUCCGUAGAGAGCAGGGUCAGCAGUUCGUGUGGAGCGUCCAAAGAGGUGAGGGUCGAAGGAAUGAUUGAGAGUAGAAGGAACAUGGAGAGUAGAAGGAACAUGGAGAGCAAUGCUGCUGUGCAGGGGAGGAGCGACGAUGGAGGUGGAAGCAACACGAGCGAACAGGUGUGCGCGAAGUCCUACUACAUGAAACGAGGAAACAACAUACGCAGUGAAAUGAGGAACAAAAUAACCGACAUGAAUAACCUCAAGUUUAACAGCUACAACGACUUUAUCUACGGAAAUCAGGAAAACAAAAUGGAUGAGUACCCCAACCAGGCUAUGGAGCCUAUAGGGAGGAAAAUGUCUUCAGCUAGCAGCAGCACUAUGAAUAAUCUGAGUUCUUUGUUUGGCUAUCGAUCCAUUUCGAAUGAAAAGUUGGGGUAA